CAUAUGUUGGACCAAUGUAAUAAUAACGAAUAAUGUAAGUGAAUGCCAGGAGAACCAUUUGGAGGGGUCCACUCUACCUGCAUGCGCAGCUGAGCGAGUUGGCUCAACUCAACUCAACUCAUAACUCGUAAUCCCAACCAACCAACCCCUUCCUCCUCCCUUUUGGAACGGUUGAGGAUGCCGAUGCAGAGCCAGAUCGAUGAUCGCACCCCCAAAUUCGAUGACGAUGACGAAUCUUCUCCGGUUCAACCCCAUGAACCGGACGAUCAAAAGAAGCUCGCUAAGGGAGAUCACAUCAACGUUCCUUCUUACCAUUUUCUCAACAAGAUUAUGCAAAAGCAAGGAGACCAGGAAGUUCUAUUUGCAGAUAAAGUUUUGAAGUUCACUAGUUCAGGGAAGAUGAAAUGCCGCAUUCUUUUAAUUACAGAUUUUGCCAUUUACAUUGUUGACCCAGAGAUUGAUUCCCUUAAACGGAGGAUAGCCCUUGCAGCUGUUGACAAGAUUUGUCUCAGUAAAUUAAAUGAUAACUUUUUGGCUGUCAUAAUUCCGACAGAGUAUGAUUUACUAUUAGCGAGUGCUCGAAAGACUGAAAUUGUCACUGCAUUUGUUGAAGCUACUAGGAAAGCAUCUGAUUAUGAACUUGAGGUGGUUUCUUCCAAUAGGUUUGAGUAUAAUGCAGCAUCUGACUUGGUUAAGGAAAUUGAAUUUGAGGAAGUUGAAGGGGGUGUCAAAACAAGAAUUUUGAGGAAGUGAAUUUCAUUUUGUAUCUUCACGAUGAUGUCUGUAAACUUGGUAGGAGAUUCGUACAGGACAUGAUUUUUUAUUGAUUAUGUGGGAAAGGUUCUUCUGGGCAUAUCUUUCCCUUUCCCAAGAUUAAUAGUAUCAGAAAUUUCAAAAGAAAAGCAAUGUAUACGUGAUGUAAGUUUUCAGCUUAAAACCAGAUUCAGCUGUGUGUAUGAUAGAAUUAUUAAAUCAAUGUUUUGGAACUAAAAUGUUAGUUCUGUGUUUGUUUCAUCGCCUGUAGCUUGUUUGUAUUGUCUCUUGUAGAUCCCUAUACAUGCACCUACUAUGUUGAUGUUAAUAUUCUUCAAUUUGAA